UUUGGAGCCGCCUCUUUAUGUAAUCGAGUUCUAGUUCUGGUAACUUUUGGCAUACUGAUCUGUCAGUUGGAUCUGGAGGGGGGAAAAACUGCUCAGCUGAGAUGCAGCUUUUUUUGUGACGGCUUUCUGGUCGGCCAUUCGUACGGAACUUUUGCAGAUUGCUGACAAGAUAUGGGUUCUAUCGCCGCCACUACACCAUUCCCUCGAGCAAUCAAACGAGUUGCUGUCAUUGGAGCAGGUAUCGGUGGUCUCAUCAGUGCGAAGUCGCUCAAAGACGAAGGUUACUUUGAUAAAAUUAGAGUCUUUGAUAGAAAUCCAUACUCUGGAGGAACUUGGAUAUACUCACCUAAUUACGGUAUCAAAACGCCCGUUCCGAACAUAAAGCCCCAACAUGGCCCUCCUCAAGAUCCUUCCAAGGUUCCAGCAUCCGCUAUCUACUCCAACUUACACACCAAUUUACCCAUAGACGUAAUGUGCCUGCGAAAUCGCCCGUUUAUAGAAGCAACUCCUGAAUUCCCAGGUCAUGAAUCAGUAUUAGAUUACAUUCGGCGUUUCGAGAAAGACGAGAAUCUAAUGGACCUUGUACAAUAUAACACAAAUGUCACUGAGGCCGAAUAUAAGGACAAUGAGUGGUUGAUAACGUAUUUCAACAUAGCAACAGGGGAGACUUCAGUCGAUGCAUUCGAUGCACUUAUUGUUGCUAAUGGUCACUAUUAUGAUCCCUUCAUACCUGAUAUUGAUGGUCUGAAGCGCUACAAGGAAAUGGAGCAGCAGAGAGAUAAUGGUAUCAAGAUUAUACAUUCUAGAGAAUAUCGAGAACCUCAAGAAUUCAAUGGCAAGAAUAUUUUGGUCGUUGGGAACUCCGCAUCAGCAAACGACGUUGCCAGGGAAGCUCUAACUACCGCCAAAAAAGUGUACCAAUCAGUUAGAGCUUCAAGCUUACCACCGUUGGACCCUAACAGUGUGUCUCAAGUAGCCAAAAUUCCAGAGAUUAAAGAGUUUUUGCAUGAUGGCCAGUCAAGCUCUAUCAAGUUACAAGAUGGAAACUGCCUCACCGAUAUUGACUGCAUCGUCUUUGCUACGGGCUAUCUAUUUAGCUUACCUUUCCUUACUCGUUCAGAAGGAGAGAAACUCAUCACCGAUGGGCAGAGAGUACAUAAUUUAUACCGGCACCUCUUCUACAUCAAUAAUCCAACAUUGGCAUUCAUCGGCCUACCAAUCCGCAUAGUUCCAUUUCCGAUAUCGCAAUCUCAGAGCAAGGUUAUAGCACGCUGUUGGAGCGGAAAAACAAAGUUUCCUACUAGGCAGGAGAUGGAGGAUUGGCACAAUAUGCAACCCCGGCCUGAAAGACCUAGGGAUGAUUUUGUAUUUGGAGCUGAAAAAGAAUUUCAAUAUAUGGAUAGACUCAAUAUGUGGGCUGAAGGACAUCACCCUGAUGACGACGUAAAUAAUUGGUCUUCAUCUGAUCCGGAGACGGGCGAAAUUUCAUCACGCUACAAGGAUAGACGAACGAAGGCGCUGGAUCUUCGUAGAGCGGCACUUGGCUAUUAAGCAUCUUAUUUUAAACCAUAAGUGAUCUAGUAAAUGCUCAGGAUAUUUUAUUAUUUGACAUUUAGUAUGGCGAAAUCAUAUAUGGACUACCUAUAAUCCAGCGUUGUCAAGAGGGCAGUUCAAAUCUCUUGAAUAUGCUUUUUUAUUGAAACGGGAAUAUGCUUGAUGCUCAGUUAUA